AUGGAGUCUGCAAUUCCCCACCUCCCUAAUAAACUCUGGGCGCCCAUCGCAUACUUCACAGACCACGAAUCCCUCGAGACCCUGCGGCUGGUCUCCUUCGCACUUUCGAAGCUUACAACCGAGAGGAUGGAGAAAAUCUGGAUUCAUAAGGAGCUAAAGAGACAUGUAAACAAGCCCAGUCUGGAUUUUGAUAGGUGGCAUCUUAUUCACCCGAGAGCUCCCCUCACCCUGGCUCUAGCCCUCAUCAGCCACCUUACAGCAACACUAAUCCCUCUUCUCAUCCAUGUUCUUUGGCUUUACCCAAAGCUCGACCUCAGAAACAGUCGCUUCCCAAGUUUGCGAUCCCUCACGUUGGGCAGAUACUCCUUCGUCCACGACUCCCAGCUCGACUGGAUUCUUCCCCACGACCUAACCAUCCGCAAUCUCUACAUGGAAAACUGCAUCAUCUUUUUCGAAAUCGAAGUCAACAGGUACAACAAGAGCCAGGGCCCUUGCCCAUCAGAAAUGGAGCUAGGCUAUGGCUCGGGAGACCCUUCCAAUCGGUCCAUGAGAUACGGCGCCAGCUAUACCCAGCGUUGGCACGAUUACUUUCUCGCUUCUCGCGUUUUAAGAGGGACUACCCAUUUUGAAUAUUUCCUCUUUGGCUCCAGUCCACACUGGUGCACUGGGGGGGAGGUUCGGAGAGGACAAUAUUAG